GAAAGCGAGAGAGAGUGAGAACCAAAGAGUGCUGCGCACAAGAGAGGCAAUUCAAAAAUAAAGAUCACAAAAAUGCCGCACAACAAUCAUCAUCAGCAGCAGCCGCAGCAACAACAACAACCUGGUACACCUGGCGAUGAUCAGUUGGGACCACCGAAGGCCGAUUUCAGUGCCCCACCACCAUAUGAGGCGAAUGGACAGCAUGUGAUGGUGGCCUUGCCGCCACCGCAGCAUCAAAUGCCAUCACUGGGUCUAACCACACAUAAUGGUGGUGGUAUCGGCAUGGUUGGAGUGGAGCCAUCGAAUGUUGUGGUCUGCGGCGUGGUCGAUGUGCCACAGGAUGUCCAUGGCAAGCUGCCCACCUAUGAGGAAGUGCAAAUGGAGAAAUCAUUGAAUGGUGAAUUGCCGCCCGCAUUUCUAACGCUACCGUCGACACAGCAAUUGCCGCCACCGCCGAAUCCAUUGUUGCCGCCCAAUCCACUGCGGGAUGGUGCUGCUGCUGUGCGAUCGGCCCAGCCGGCUCUAACAUUCAUUGCAAUCGAUGCCAGUGAUCCGGAGAAUAGCCUAUCCACAACGGAUAAUCUCCUUGGCACAGAUAUUAUGUUCAUUACGGCCUUCAUUGUGGCAUUUCUAUUCAAUUGGAUUGGCUUCCUAAUGCUAACAUGUUUCUGUCACACAAUUGCCGCACGCUACGGGGCAUUAUCCGGAUUUGGGCUAUCGCUGGCCAAAUGGACGCUAAUUGUCAAACAUUCAACGGAUUUGGCAUCGCACGAGAACUCUUGGCUGUGGUGGUUAAUAUGUGCUUUUGGUUUUCUAAUUAGCAUAAGGGCUCUUAUUCAAUAUGUGAGCAUUAAGCGAUCAUGGCGUUUGCUAUCCGCAUCGGCACAGGAGCGUUUGUUGUUCUUUUACUAGAGGAAAACCUGUGGAAAGUACGAUGGAAGGGGUAGGGAGAGAGGAGGGGUUAACUGUUGGCGAGGGUUUGCGCUUUAUCGAUGUAAAUAUGUUGUAGAUGAAUGGGAUCUGCGUUUCACCACAGGAUAGGCAGGAGUACCACUUACACCCAACCCCCUCUCCACCCCCUCGUCACGCGCACACACACACACAAGACAUAAAAAACAGAAACAGCGAGUUAGUGUUUAUUAUUAUUGUUCAUUUUUUUUUUUUUGCUCUCAUUUUAAUAGCGCAAAAGUUUAGUCCACAAAAGAAGACCUCGAAAAAAAGGAGGAUCGGCAAUUGAAAUGAAGAGAAUCCAAAUAAUUAAAUGUAAAAACAAAAGCAAAAAAUAACACAAAAAGCAUUACAAAAACAAAAAUAAGAAAAUUAAAUAAUUCUAUGUAUGUUGAGUAGUAAGAAGGAGACACCACUCCCCUCUAAACCCCCUAAACACACACACUCACACGUUCUAUAUCUAUUAUGUGAAAUAUAUUAUUGUAUGAAUGUCUUCACCACCUCCUCCGCCCCCAAAUCAACCGUCUCCCUCUCUCCCUGUAGUGCCCCCAGUCCGUAGUAGGAAUACAAACAAAAAAAAAAAACAAAACAAAAAAAGACACCAAAAAAGGAAA